CAGUCACAUCAGCAGUUGUGGUACGGCUGCAGUAGCGUCCCUGACGCGCAGAGGCUGCCCACUCUCCAUACCGCGGGGGAUAAUCCCCAAAUUCUUGGUUUGCGACCCAACCGCAAACCCACGAUCCUCGGAGAAAGAUACUUUUGUUUAGCACCCCAUCCGCCAUCCAUGGCUUCAUCUGGGAGUGGAAUUGAGGAAGUGCGCGUGUCGGCGUUGACGCCCCUUAAAUUGGUGGGCUUGGUGUGCGUCUUCCUCGCGCUCUGUCUGGAUGUCGGGGCUGUGUUGAGCCCCGCGUGGGUAACGGCGGAUAACCAGUACUACCUGUCUCUGUGGGAGUCCUGCUGGAAGCCCCUCACCUCGGACACAUGGCAGUGCAACACAACACUCGAGACUGACUGGCAGAUUGCCACGCUGGUCCUGUUGCUGGGUGGUGCAGCCCUCAUCCUGUUCUCCUUCCUGGUGGCCCUAGUGUCAGUGUGGGUCGGCUCCAGGAGCCACUGCUACAGACCCAUCGCUGUCAUGCUGUUCGCUGCAGUGGUGCUCCAUGUCUGCAGUUUGAUCCUCUACCCUGUUAAGUUUAUUGAGACGGUCAGCCUGAGGAUAUACCACGAGUUCAACUGGGGCUACGGCCUCGCCUGUGGGGCCACCAUCUUCUCUUUUGGAGGGGCCAUCCUCUACUGCCUCAACCCCAAGAACUAUGACGACUACUACUAAACCCUGCAACAUUAGAGAGGAGGAGAGGCCUCUACACAACUUCAUGUUCCCCCACACUCACUGUGAUAGCAGCUGAAACACUGAACUUUAUAGAACUGGUAGAGAAAACACAUGUUCACACACAUCGAUUGGAGAAUCAACAACAGUAGUGUCUGUCUAUACAUUCAAACCUUUACAAUACUGUACUAUACCCGACUUAAAGGGACACGGUAUAGCACAGUAUGACCUUGUGGUCUCCACCGGCAUCUCUGCCUGUGUUGUAACCGACAUCUGCCAUAGGCUAAGUGGUGAGGCUAAAGAGCCAAUCAGUUCAAUGGAAUACUAAUUACCAAUCAGAUUCAUCAGUGAAAUCAUGUCCACAUUCUGAGCCAACAGUAGGUCCCCUUUAAUAUAAUUCCUACUGGAACUCCAGUAGGAAUUGGCAGCGCAAUGCUUUGUCAUGAAUAAACCACAGAGAACAGAUGGAUUAGCUGAUCUCAUACAGAGACAAGAGGGAGGAGAAGGGACAGCCGAGAGUGACGGACACACAGACCAAUCAGAGAGCAGAGGGAUGGGCCAGAUGGACAGAUUGAUCUUGAGGAGGAAAGGAAGGUGACUCACCUAAGAAAAGGAAUCAAGGAUGCAUGACAUCGCCCCCACUCAUAUAUGUGAUUACCUUUGCUUGUGCCUUUAUUUAAUCUGUGCCAAUCUAAAAGAAGAUUGGAUGGGUUAAGGCAGGCAGCAUAGAGUCAUUUGCUUUUACCUAUACUGCUCCUCUAGAUCAGUGCAGAUGAAGGGAAGGCAAAAUGUGUAGAAUUGCAGAAAAUGAGUUGUAAAACUCUUUCUCUCCACCCAUGGAAAAAUGAGUAGAAUUGCAUGAAAUUUGUUAUAAAAUUGCUAAAUCUUCUCUCCGCCCCAUGGCAAAAUGUGUAGAAUUGCAACAAACUUGCUUUAAAACUGCAACAUUUUCUCUACGCCCCAUGGCAAAAUUUGUAGAAUUGCAGGAAAUUGACUCGAAAACUAUAUUUUUUUCUCUCCACUGUCAAGAGGGAACGCUAAAAUGCUCGCAAAAUUUCGUCUCUGACUGCCUGUGUGGGUAUGGAUGUGGAUGUGGGUACGCAGACCUGCGAUCCACUGCUGCUCCUCAUGAUGAGUUCAGAUUUUUUUGUGGCCCCCAACCCUAAUCUAAAACCAACUGCACACAGCGGCCUAACCCCAUCUGUGCCUGCUUCGAAUAGCAGCAGUUGUAUGAUAUGUAAAUAGAGUAGUUAGAGGUGCUUUCGUGUGGUAAAUGGAUUUCUAAUACAGUAAAUUAGAGAAGUAGUAGUAGUUUAUUUAAAGGGACAAUGUGCAAAUAAAAACACAUUUCAGACAGUGAAAUAUGAUGCUUGCACCAGAAUACGCUCAACACAGCUAAUUUUAAUCCACAGUCCCUAACUAAGCAAUACGAAAUACAUAAACAUACCUAAAUACACACACAUCACUCAUACAGUAGUAUAGUAUGAUAUAACACAGGGGUGUCAAACUCAUUCCACGGAGGGCCAAGUAUCUGGGUUUUUGUUUUUUCCGUUUAAUUAAGACCUAGACAACCAGGCGAGGGGAGUUCCUUACUAAUUAGUGACCUUAAUCCAUCAAUCAGGUACACUCGGCCCUCUGUGGAAUGAGUUUGACAUAUGUGAUAUAACAGAUUAAAACAAAUACAGGAAACAUAAAAUACAACAACUAAUAGAAUAAAUACAUCAAACAAAUUGAGACUUUUGUGCAUUAAGAAUUAGUCAAUGUGUGCAGGAUUGAUGCGCCUUGAUCCAUGCUUUGACCUCCAUGGAGGAUUUAAAGUCGCUAGUGCUUCUUAAGGUAGACGGGCGGGAAUUCCAUUUUCUGAUGCCUGAGGUGGAGAAUGCUGACUUUCCAAAGGUGGUUUUCCUUUUAGGAAUGACACAGUCUCCUCUUGUUGAGGUUCAGGUAGCUGCUGUUUUGUUCAGCAACCUGGUCUCAAACCAUUUUGCUUUAUUCUGUAUGCAAGUCCGUGACACUCCAUUUAGAAUCAUAUAAAAUUUGAUAUGUUUGAUA